AUUCAAUUCAAAUUUAUUUUAUAGCGCUUUUCACGAUACAAAUUGUUGCAAAGCAGCUUUACAGAAAAUUUUAAGUUUCAUUAUAUUUAGGAAUAGGUUAUGACUAUGGCAGAAAUGUACAGUAAAAAUCACACAAGAAGUGUAUCUGGGGAUUGUUCCUGGAGGCUAAGGUGGGAGGAUGAGCUAGUUUUCUCAGCACAUGGUAAUAACUUCAUUCUGGAAUAUAUUUAGAUAUCUAGACGAAUGAUUUGACAGUGUUUAGAAAUGAUAGUUAAAGCCCAAGAGUUUGAACAUUAUAUUUUGCUUCCUCUUGCGUUACUCCUUUUAUUAAUGCUUUCUGGAAACGCUGAUAAAAUGGCACUUGGUCCUAAUCAACAGUAUUAGUUGCUGUUCAAUAAAAGUUUAUUGCUAGGCUGUAUAACGAGGACAGAAGUGUAUAGAAGCGGCGGAGCGCGCCAGCGGUGAGUUUGUGGGUUUGCGUGUUGUGAGCGUGAUGUCCAGAAGAACGUGUGGUCUGUCGUCUGCGGAGCUGCUGCUCUCUACGCUUCUGCUUCUGCUGUUCGUGGUUUGCGUGGGACUCAGCGUCGUCACCUGGCUCGCUCUGGACAACACAGAUGCUGGAGGAGAGCAGAGCGGCUCCGAGUUCAGCGGGAUCCUCGUCAUCUCUAACGGAAGCGUCUUCAGCGAGGAGCUGCGGGACAAACACAGCGCACAGUUCAAAGCUCUGGCCUACGACAGCGAGCAGAAGAUUAACGACGCUUACAGUCGUACUUCCAUUAAGGAGCAGUUCAGAAGCUGCAAGGUCAAUCAGUUCAGUGAAGGCAGCGUGGUUGUGUUUUUUGAGCUGGUCUUCCGAGGCGUUCUGGAUUCGCAGACGGUUCAGGAGCAGUUAGUCGCUGGUUUACAGCAGGCUGAUGGUUCAGAUGAUGGACUCGUGAUCGACAUCGACAGCGUGCAGGUCACAGAUAAACCAGCUUCAAGCACAGCAGCAGCAGUCUCUGCAGUGAAUUGUCCAGAAGGACAGAAGGCUUGUGCUGAUGGAGCAGCAUGUGUUCCUCAGUCUGACGUGUGUGACGGAGUACAGAGCUGUGCUGACGGCUCCGAUGAGGAUCACGCUCUCUGUGCAACCGAGUGUGACGGUCAGUUUCUUCUGCUCGGUCCGACCGGAUCCUUCCACUCCAAAAACUUUCCCGAGGCCUAUGACAGUCCCACAGACUGCCGCUGGAUCAUACGAGUGACUGAGGGCUCGGCCGUCAAAAUAGUCUUCCACACUUUCCAUACGGAGCAGGACAUCGACGUUCUGAGUCUGUACGAGGGCACAGGCCCCACGAAAACACUGACACACUCUGUCUCAGGCGCAUCACCUGGAGACAUUUGGCUCUUAUCUCAUGAAGCCACUGUUGAGUUUUUCGCAGACUACAGCAACAGCCUUCAAGGAUUCAACGCCACUUACACGGCAGAGAACGUCAAAGAUCUCUCUAAUGAAGAGAAGAUAAACUGUUCCUUUGAAGAGAACUUCUGUCUCUGGAGGCAAGAUUUUGAUGAUGAUGGCGACUGGUUACGAGCACAAGGCGCUGCUCUCCCACCCAACACCGGCCCGAGCUUCGAUCACACGACCGGAGACCAAUCAGGGUACUACAUUGUGACCCCUCGGACCCCAGGAAAUAGGGAUAAAAAAUUCCGUAUAUACAGUCUUCCUCUGACUCCAACAAAGGAAUCUGUGUGUCUGCAAUUCUGGUAUCACAUGUUUGGCGAGGAGGUUUGGCGUCUGACGGUCACGGCACAGCAAGGCUCAUCCGCCACUGUCCUCUUCCAGAAAGAAGGGAACUACGGUGACAACUGGAACUACGGUCAAGCCACGCUUAACAUCACUGCAGAGGCUGUGGUGGUGUUUGAAGCACAGAAGAGGGCAGGGCUUCUGAAUGACAUUGCUCUGGAUGAUAUCAGCGUAGCGCCUGGUUCUUGUGGAGCGGCCCCUCCGGAGCCGACCCCGGUCCCUCCUCCCACCACUCCUCCUCCCAUACCAGAGGAUUGUGGGGGACCGUUUGACCUGUAUGACCCCAACUCCACAUUCAGCUCUCCAAACUACCCCAACGGCUACGGACACAAAGCUUCAUGUGUGUGGACUUUACAUGCUAAGGAAGGACAGAAUAUCCAGCUACAUUUUCAAGACGUUGCUUUAGAGAUGGAUUAUGAUGUUUUGGAAAUUCGAGAUGGAGCGACACCCUAUUCAGAUUUGCUAGGUGUCCUAACUGGGGAUCGUUCCUUCCCGGAUCUGUUCUCCACGAGCUCUCAGAUGACAGUCAUGCUUUUCACGGAUGCGUCGGGCAACGACAGAGGCUUUCUAGCCAACUUUAGCACGGGCUUUAACCUCGGUCAACCAGAUCCGUGUCCCAGCGGUCAGUUUCAGUGCGGCACAGGAGUGUGUGUGUCCAGCUCAGGUGUGUGUGACGGAGCGGGAGACUGCACUGACGGCUCUGAUGAAGCUGACUGUGUGCAUAUAAUCAAAGAUAACGUCACUGCAACUGAACGACUGAGACUUCAGGUCCAGGAUCAUCUUUACACGGUCUGUGCUCAAGACUGGAGCUCUCAGCUCUCGCUCUUCUUCUGCCGCUACCUGGGCUACAGGUCCGGAGAUGCUUGGUUCUCCAGCGUUACGGAUGAAGAUGCUCCCUUUACUACUGUGAGCGUGAACGCUAACGGCUCUCUGGAUCUGAAACCCAGUGACACGUGCCUCAGCGAGAAGAUCGUGUCGCUGCACUGCAACAAUCAGCCAUGUGGCGCCCGUAAAGUCCCCUUAAAAAGAGAGACUAGCAUGGAAACGGACGGAAAUAAUGCGGGUCGAGUGGUGGGCGGUCAGGAUGCCCAGAAAGGGGCGUGGCCAUGGAUAGCGUCUCUGCGCUGGUUGGGCGGUCAUGUGUGCGGAGCCACUUUGAUUGACAGGGAAUGGCUGAUCACAGCCGCACACUGUGUUUAUGGAAAGAACGUGCACCUGUCAAACUGGGCGGCGGUGCUGGGUCUUCACUCUCAGUUCGGCUCGGAUAACUCCAACAGACAAACUCAUCUGAUCGAUCGCGUGAUCGUGCACCAGCGCUAUAACAGGAGGACCAAGGAGUCGGACUUCGCUCUGAUGCACUUACAGACGCCGGCCAACUUCACAGAUUACGUGCAGCCCAUCUGCCUCCCUGAUCCUGGAGCUGAGAUUGAAGAAGGGAGGAAGUGUUUUAUCGCUGGCUGGGGACUGACGGCUGAAGAUGGCUCCAGAGCCGAUGUGUUACAGGAAGCCUCUGUGCCGAUUUUAAGCAACAAACAGUGUCAGGAAUGGCUGCCGGAGUACAACUUCACCGAGCGGAUGCUGUGCGCCGGCUUCGCUGAAGGAGGAGUGGACUCCUGUCAGGGGGACUCCGGCGGGCCGCUGAUGUGUGAAGAGGCCGCUGGUUGGGUUCUGGUCGGCGUCACGUCGUUUGGCAUCGGCUGCGCUCGCCCGCAGCGGCCCGGCGCGUACGCUCGCGUCAGUCUCUUCGUUCAGUGGGUGGCAGAGAACCGCCGGCUCUACGACUGGAGAGGCUUCUGAUCGUUCAUCUGACGUCUGCUCAUCACUACACACCACAUCAUCUGUGCACUUUACUGGCAUUACAAGCAAUGUGAAUGAUGGAGGAAAAUGCUUUUGUUAGCAAACACUUUGUAAUAUUUAUCCAACCCCACUGUGACACAAUUCUGAAAUAUAUGCAAUAUAAAAUAUACGUUUAUUUAGAAGAGAAGAGAUCAGAUGUGCUAAAACAUUAGCCACAUUUAAAUCCAGACUCUAAACUCAUCUGUUUAGCUGUGCAUUUGUUGAAUGAACACUGUGCUACGUCUGAACUAAUUGCACUGUAUUUUAUGUAUUGUUAUUUUCUAAUCUUAACUGUUUUAAUCAAUUUUUAAAUCAUGUUUUUAAAUUCCUUUUUAUUGUUGCGAUUGUUUUUUCUUAUGAUUAUUUUACUUCAUUUUAUGUAAAGCACUUUGAAUUACCAUUGUGUAUGAAAUGUGUUAUAAAUAAGCUUGCCUUGCCUAUUUAAUUAGUUGAAUUAUUUACUGAAAAAUGAAUAUAUUUUGCUACAGUUGUUUUACUGUGAAUAAUAAAUAAAGACU